GUAGAUGUGUUGUGCAGUUCAAUGUGUUUUUCCAAAGUAUACAACAGGGGCUCAUAUAUAGGAAGUGGAUACAGGUACAAUCAGUCCACAGGUGGAUUUACCACCUUCCAGUCAGGACAGCAGACAACCAAGUGGUCAGUACUUCUGAUGAUGCCGUGCACUGUGUCCCAACUGCUGUCUGCCAAGGCUGUCGGGGAAGUCUUCAGAGUUGGUGAUAUUGAGGUCAACCAGGUAUCUGUGGUGGGUAUUGUCAGGAGAACGGUUCCCUCAGUAAACAAUGUCUUGUACUCCGUUGACGACAUGACUGGACCACCAUUAGGCGUGAAGCUCUGGGUGGACACUGCAGAUCCUGGUGUGGACAGUACUUUUGUGUCCCCAGGGACUUAUGUCAAGGUCUCUGGAAGCCUGCGUAUCAUUCAGGGCCGAAGAUCAUUGGUGGCUUUCAACCUCUGUUGCCUUGAGGACCUGAAUGAGAUCACCUCUCACAUGCUGGAGGUAGUGCAGGCCCACAUGCAGCACAACAGGAACCUUUGUGGUGGUGGUAAUCCUGGAGAUGGAGACGCAUCAACCUACGGGCUGAGUGCCAGUCAGAGCCAGGUGUUGAACCUGAUCAGGAGUUGCUCAGACUCCAAGCCCAGGGGCAUAAGUCUAGAGGAGCUAGACAUUAAGCUGGGGUACCUCAGCAUGACUGCCAUCAGCCAGACCUUGGAGUUUCUUAUCAGAGAAGGCCACAUCUUCUCCACCAUUGACGACAAGCAUUUCAGGGCCACUACUGGCUAGGCCCCCAAACUCAACUCUGUACCUUGAAGUCAGUCCACUGCAUGUUUUCAUUGUUCCCCCUCUAAUCAGUUACUGAUUAGGUGUGAGUGCAAUUAUCAGGUAGAACAGAACCAGCAGGUUGCGGACCUCAUAGGUUAAGAGUUGUUAUCCCUGGGGUAGAGAAUGUCUUCGGUUGUUUAAGGUCAACUUACAUCAAUGGCUAUAGGAAGUUUUUAAAUAAAAAGACAGAACAUUUUGGUUUAUCAA